UCAGCGCAGCCGCAAGACUUUUUGGACAGGCUUUGAUGUGGUUAGUCCAUUUUCUCCGGCUUAAUUGCCGUUUUCUUCUACUACACUAAUCAAUAUUUAAAAUUAUCAAUAACGUUUGUGAAUAUUAUUAAAUUGAAGACAAUUAUAUAUUCUAAAGUUUUUAAUACCUUCAAGUGAAAUUUUCUUCCAUGUGUACAAAUCACUAGAUCCGUCACAUACAAGAAAAUCACCACCACACCACAUAUCAUAUCACCAUGGAUGUAACAAUUGAUUAUCUAUAUGCAGUAGUUGCAGGACUUAUAUGCAUACUCCUAAUUUCAUACUCUAAAUUCUUUAAGGUUAAAUCACAAACACAACCCAAGCUUCCACCUUUAGCUGCUGGUGGGUGGCCGUUAAUCGGCCACCUACAUCUCUUAGGCAGUUCAAAUCAACCUCCAUACAUAACCUUAGGAAACUUAUCCGACAAAUAUGGACCGAUUUUUGCCCUACGAAUCGGGGUACACAAAGCCGUUAUAGUAAGCACUUGGGAGUUAGCAAAAGAGAUUUUUACAACUCACGAUGUAAUAAUCUCUUCUCGUCCCAAAUUCACUGCUUUCAAAAUAUUAGGACAUAACUAUGCUAAUUUCGGGUUCUCUCCAUAUGGAGAGUAUUGGCAAAGGAUGCGUAAAAUUACAGCCUCCGAGCUCCUAUCAACUCGGAGAUUCGAAUCUCUUCGUGAUAUUAGACAUACAGAAGUGAAGAAAUCAUUGACAGAGCUUUAUGAGUUAGGUGAUGAGUUCAAAGUUGAGAUGAAAAAGUUUUUAGGAGAUAUGAAUUUGAAUGUGAUUAUGAGGAUGAUUGCUGGGAAGAGAUAUUCGGGUGAUGAGAGAGAGGUGAUAAAAAUGAGAUGGGGUUUUAGAGAGUUUUUUAGGUUGAGUGGUUUGUUUGUGGUUGGUGAUGCAAUUCCAUUUCUUGGAUGGCUUGAUCUUGGAGGAUAUGUGAAGGAGAUGAAGAAAGCUGCUAUUGAAAUGGAUAGUGUUGUUUGUGUUUGGUUGGAAGAACAUCGUAGGAGAAAUGAUUUGGGGAAGACUAAGAUAGAGCAAGAUUUCAUUGAUGUCUUGUUGAAUGUUCUUGAUGGUGUUGAUCUUGAUGGUUAUGAUGUUGACACUGUCAUUAAAGCAACUUGCUUGACAUUAAUUGCCGGAGCAACAGACACGACAACGGUAACUAUAACUUGGGCACUAUCUUUAUUGUUGAACAACCGCCACACUUUGAAGAAAGUUCAAGAUGAAUUGGACGAAAAAGUUGGGAAAGAAAGGCUAGUGAAUGAAUCAGAUAUAAACAACUUAGUUUACCUUCAAGCCGUGGUGAAAGAGACAUUGCGAUUAUAUCCCGCUGGACCACUCUCAGGUGCACGUCAAUUCACUGAAGAUUGUACUGUGGGUGGGUACCAUAUCCAAGCCGGUACUCGAUUAAUUUUAAACCUCUGGAAAAUGCAUAGAGAUCCACGUGUAUGGUUAGAACCUCUCGAGUUUCAACCCGAGAGGUUCUUAAAUACUCAUAAGGAUGUCGAUGUCAAAGGAAAUCAUUACGAGCUUCUUCCCUUUGGAGGUGGAAGAAGGUCUUGUCCUGGCAUAACAUUUGGUGUUCAAAUGACAAAUUUGGCAUUAGCUUCUUUCUUGCAAGCAUUUGAAGUCACAACUCCAUCAAAUGCUCAUGUUGAUAUGAGUGCAACAUUUGGACUUACAAACAUCAAAACCACUCCACUUGAUAUUAUAGCCAAACCUCGUUUACCAUACCACCUUUUUGUUAAUGAAAAUUAGCCAAUUAAAUCCACUACAUGCAUUAGCAUUGUAUUUGUGUGUCUUGUGAGAAUAAAGUGGACAUUGUAUUCAAGUAUAAGGUGUGUUUAGCAUUAAUAAACAUCAUUCAGCCCACUGGACCGCCUAAUUUAGUUUGGGGUCGAUUUUGAUAUUAAGUUGUUUCAACCUCUUCCUAAUCGCAGUUGCUUAUAUAUUUAUGUGAUUUUUUCAAGUAGUACUCAAAGUCAAAACCUUGUUACAUUGUAGUGGUGAACUAUCUUAUUAAUUUAAUUAAGUUUAUGUGUUGUCUUCUU